AUGGGCAUCUCAAACCAUCACCCUAAGGUACAUCUGCAUGCUAUAAAAAGUGGACUUCGUCCCGAAAAGUUUCAAGAAGCCAUCAUAGUGGCCAAACCCAAAAUCUUGGCUAAGUUUCGAAAGAAAACCAAGGGUCAAAUGGAAAUUGAAGAGUUGUACCAAGCUCAAAAAUCCGAGAAGAAUCAAAACAACAAGGAUGACGAUAAAACUCGGGACAACAAGAAACCUUUUUGGUUGACACCGCGUUACGAAUCUUAUACCCAGUUCAACACCAAAAGGGAGGAGAUCAUCAAAGAAAUACUAAAUUUAAAGCUAAUAAAACCUCCUCGAAAGGCUGGAACCUACCAAGAUAUGAAUAAUGUGGACAAGACAAAGUACUGUGCUUUUCAUCAAAAACACCGGCACAUUACUGAUGAGUGUGUUGUAGCCAAAGACUUGCUCGAGCGCUUAUCUCAGCAAAGACAUCUGGACAAAUACAUCGAUAGCCACAUCCAAAAGCGCAACACAUAUCAAUCUGACUUAUCUUCUGCAGGUCAAUCUUCUCGGGAUAAGGACAUAGCAUAUACAGCUCAGCCCAAUCAACCCCGAGGUGUGAUUAAUUGCAUAUCUGGGGGCUUCACUGGAGGUGGAGCAUCAAGCUCUGCUUGUAAAUUCACUUACCGAGCUAUGCUCGCUGUAGAAAGCACCAACAACAAUCAUCAAACUUUGCCCAUCUUCCCUGAAAUGACGUUCCAACAGUCCGAUUUCAAUUCAACCGAACUUAAUUUAGACGACCCAGUCGUCAUCUCUAUUCAACUAGGAGACCUAAUAGUUCAGAAAGUCUUGCUGGACCCAGGAAGCAGCGCCGAUGUUCUAUUUUACUCCACAUUUAAGAAAAUGAAGUUGAGUGAUAACAUAUUGGUGCGCAAAAUUAAACUCCGCACAACUUAA